GCCGACUAGACCGGGGACAUGCAUAACCAGGUUAUUGAGAGCUUUGAGAGGGUACUGCGCAACCUCUGGUUCAUAAAAUAAAUUUUUGAGCUCAUGGUUGGAGCGGUCUUUUACUUUUUUGAAGCCUUUGUUCGACUCUUUAUUCCACAUUGCAAGAAAGAUGUUGAGGGAGAGAUAGUCUUGGUGACUGGAGCUGCAAAUGGGAUUGGAAAGCUGAUUGCCAAAGAACUUGGCCACCUAAUAGCAACAUUAGUCUUAUGGGAUAUCAACUCAGAUGCACUGGACAGGACAGCCAUAGAAUUAAAGCAAAUAUUGGAUGUGCGUGUGUAUGCCUAUACCUGUGACUGCAGCAGUAGAAGUGAUGUCUACAGAGUUGCUGAACUGGUUAAAAGGGAGGUUGGAGAUGUGUCAAUUUUGGUGAACAAUGCAGGUAUGGUAACAGGGAAAUACAGUUUCGUUGAAGCCCCUGACAAUCUGGUGGAUAGAACACUUAGGGUCAAUGUUGCUGCUCAUUUCUGGACUUACAAGGCAUUUCUCCCAGCUAUGUUGCAACGAAACCAUGGGCAUCUGGUCUGUGUGGCAUGCCAUGGAGGGUUGUUUGCAAUGAACGGCCUUGCAGACUAUUGUGCAAGCAAGUCUGCAGCAGUGAGCUUUGCAGAAUCUGUUGCACUGGAGCUGCUUGUCCUUAAAAAGGAAGGAAUCAAAACGACAAUAGUGUGUCCCUAUCUAAUAAAUACAAAAAUAUUUAGGGGAUUUCAAACAAAGAGACCAUCCUUUCUUCCAAUCUUGGAUCAGAGAUAUGUAGCAAAACAAAUAGUGGAUGCAAUACAACAGGAGAAGAUGUAUUUACUGUUACCAUCAAGGCUACAUUUCUUGAUGGCACUUAAGAGUCUCAUGUCUGCCAAACUGGGCAUCAUCUUUGCGAACUUCAUUGGUGGGAUGGAUCUGAUGGAUCAUUUCAGAGGGGUUCCUGUACCCAUUAUCAACUACAAAAAGCCUCAGCGCCAACGAAAUGACAGUGUCAGUGAUCCACAAACCACUCUUAUCUAUUACAACUAGCAAAAAAACAAACAAA